AUGCCGCCACCCCAGCCACGAAACCUCUUACUCUGCUUCGAUGCCUUCGGAACACUUUUCAAACCCAGACUUCCCAUAAUGCAACAGUAUAGCGAUGUGGCACGAUCCUAUGGUUUGAGUGGAUUUACAAGCGAAGAUGUUGGCAAAGCUUUCAACAUCGGUGACUCGACAGCAUUCAAAGAAGAAUCGAAAAGGAAUCCGAAUUACGGGAAGGCGAAUGGUCUGAAUGCUGGGAUUUGGUGGACGAAUGUACACCAGCCCUUGCCCUUGCCAAGUGGCAUGGUAAAUACGCUCUUGCAUAGAUUUUGGUGUGAUGAGGGUUACACGCUUUUCCCAGAUGUACAACCUCUGAUUUCGAAAUUGCGGCAGGCGCAUCGAGCCAAUGAUUCCAAGGUUGUGAUUGGAGUCAUUACGAACUCGGAUGAUCGCGCUCCGGAUAUUCUCUCCUCGUUCGGGUUACGAGUCACUGGAUAUGAUGUGGAUUUCUCGGUCAUGUCGUAUGAUGUCGGAUAUGAGAAGCCGGAUAAGAGGAUCUUCGAGGCCGCGGAGGAGAUGCUUGAAGGUCUGGUCAAGCAUGAAGGCAAUGGGGGGAUUCAUGAUCCGAAGCAAUGGAACAAAGUCUAUAUCGGUGACGAAUUCGACAAAGACAUUACGGCGUCGUUGAAUGCCGGUUGGAACGCCGUCCUGAUCGAUCGCGAAAUUCCUGGUGAGCGGAAGGAUUUGAUGUGGCUGGAGGAUGAGCCCGUCGGAAGUCUGUAUGAAGUUUUCAAAACAGCCAAAGCUGUUGGCUUCAGCAGUCUUGAGAAGCUGGCGCAAUGGAUGCCGCCCAAAUGA